GAAGGCAUUUUAGAUAACAAAGCGCUGUGGAAGGUGAAGCAUAGAAAAUGGAGGGCGCCCUGCACCCAAUGAGACUAAAGCAGCUGCUCCACUUCGCCGCCUUUCCCAAACUCAACAAAACUCACUUCAUUUUUAGGAACACUCGAUCCUUUUCCACCACCCGCUGCGCUUCUCCUUCUUCUUCGCCUGCCGUCGCUGGUGCUCGCAACCGCAGGCCUUCUUCUCAAACCAGUACCUCCGACAGAGAGGCAAUUCGGGAAAUUCGGAUUAAAAAGGUGGAAGAGCUAAGAAGCAAGGGCUUAGAUGCAUAUGCUUAUACUUGGCAGCGUACUCAUGCUGCAAAUCAGCUCCAAGAGAUUUACAAAGAUUUGGGAAAUGGCGAGGAGGCAGCCUGUGAAAGUGAUCGCGUAUCUAUUGCUGGAAGAAUUGUAGCCCGUAGAGCUUUUGGAAAGCUUGCAUUUUUAACUUUGAGGGAUGACUCAGGAACAAUCCAGCUCUACUGUGAGAAGGAAAGGCUACUAAGUGACCAGUUCGAACAUCUGAAGACGUUAGUUGAUAUAGGUGAUAUUUUGGGGGCAGAAGGUUCAAUUAAGCGCACUGAAAAAGGAGAGUUAUCUGUCUGUGUGACCUCAUUCUCAAUCCUUACAAAAUCUUUGCUUCCUUUGCCUGACAAAUAUCAUGGCCUGACCGACAUAGAUAAGCGCUAUCGCCAAAGGUAUGUCGAUAUGAUUGCCAAUCCUGAGGUAGCUGAUGUAUUUAGGAAAAGAGCUAAGAUAAUAUCAGAAAUACGGAAGACAGUAGAAUCUGCUGGUUUUAUUGAAGUUGAAACUCCAGUUCUUCAGGGUGCAGCUGGUGGUGCUGAAGCUAGGCCCUUCAUUACAUACCAUAACUCUCUUGGACAGGAUCUUUAUCUACGAAUUGCAACGGAGCUUCAUUUGAAGAGAAUGCUGGUUGGUGGAUUUGAAAAAGUAUAUGAAAUAGGAAGGAUUUUCCGAAAUGAAGGCCUUUCAACUCGUCAUAAUCCUGAAUUCACCACAAUUGAGAUGUAUGAAGCAUAUACAGACUAUGAAAGCAUGAUGAAUAUGGCGGAGGAAAUUGUAACACGUUCUGCUCUUGCAGUUAAUGGGAAACUUAUUAUUGAUUAUCAGGGUGUAGAGAUAUCAUUGGAAAGACCUUGGAGGAGGGAAACGAUGCACAAUCUUGUGAAAGAAGCAACCGACAUUGAUUUCACGAAGUUUGAGGACCUUACUACUGCCAAAGAAGUUGCUCUGCAGAUGCUUAAUGCUGGUGGUGAUAAUCAGAACAAAAGCUCAAUAGAAGCAUGUCCAUCUGUUGGUCAUGUGCUGAAUGAGGUAUUUGAGUUGGUGGUGGAACCAAAGUUAUUGCAACCGACUUUUGUGUUGGACUACCCCCUUGAAGUAUCGCCACUGGCCAAACCACAUAGAAGACAUGCAGGCUUGACAGAGAGAUUUGAGCUCUUUGUAUGUGGUCGAGAGAUGGCCAAUGCCUUCUCUGAAUUGACUGACCCUUUGGACCAGCGAGAGAGGUUGGAGGACCAAGUGAGGCGGCAUAAGAAAAAGAAUGCAGCUUUGGUUUCAGAAGAUAAAAGCAAGAAAGUUGAUGACGAUGACGAUGCAUAUGAUGUGAAUCUUGACGAAGACUUUUUAACAGCGCUAGAGUAUGGGAUGCCUCCUGCGUCUGGAAUGGGCAUCGGCAUUGAUAGGCUCGUGAUGCUGCUGACGAACUCUCCCAGCAUACGCGAUGUCAUUGCAUUUCCUGUUCUCAAGACUCCCCAAGCCUAAAAUAGAGAGAUCUCUACUUGUAGCUUUCGGCCAUUACUACAAAUUCUUCUACUCGUGUUCAUCAUUCAAAUAUACACAAUUUUUUUGGUAGCGCAAUCUGAUUAUUGAAAGAUGGUAGUACAUAUUUAUAAAUGCAAGCAAGUAUUGAUUUA